AAAUGCAUACAUUAGGCUAUAUAUACACCUCGAUCUACUGUACGAGAUUCACAACAACAGGCUGAGAAAGACUUGUCAUUUCUCUGAAACAAGAUAUUUAGGCUUGAACAAAAAAGGGGAAGAGUUGGCAGAGCAAUCAGAGGCUUCAGGUUCGGGUCAAAAUAUGGCUACAGAAAGAUACAAGAUCUUCAAUGACUCUGUCCAUGGCCAUAUCAAGAUGCAUCCGCUGCUGGUGGACAUCAUUGACACACCAGAGUUUCAACGCCUGAGGAACAUCAAGCAGAUGGGAGGAAUCUAUCGUGUCUUUCCAGGAGCUUCUCACAACCGCUUUGAGCACUCCCUCGGUGUGUGUCAUCUGGCAGGGGAACUUGUACGAAGUCUGAAAGCUCAACAACUUCAAGCUCAAAAAGCUAAAGAAGCUCAAAAAGCUAAAGAAGCUCAAAAAGCUAAAGAAGCUCAAAAAGCUCAAGAAGGUCAAGCAGGUCAAGAAGAUCAAGAAGCUCAAGAAGGUCAAGAAGCUCAAGAAGGUCAAGAAGCUCAAGAAGGUGAAGAAGAUCAAGAAGGUCAAGAAGAUCAAGAAGCUCAAGAAGGUCAAGAAACUCAUGAAGUUUCAAAAGAUGAAAAAAUAACUAGUAUUGAUAUGUUCUGUGUUCAGAUUGCAGGAUUGUGUCAUGACCUGGGUCAUGGCCCGUUCUCACAUUCAUUUGAAGAAGUCUUGAAGGAGCUAGCAGAGAAAAUGGUUUCAGAAACAGGAGAAAGUGAAACUACAGAAGCUUUAAAAAACUGGAAGCAUGAAGAACAAUCAGGCAAAAUGUUUGACCAGCUGAUGGAAAAUGGCAUUAAGGAGAAGAUGAAGAAUGGACAUUAUAAAGAUGAACAUAAUGAAGGCUUACAAUUUCAAGACAAAGACUUCGAGUUCAUCCAUGAGCUUAUUGAAGGAACACGACCUUCUACUGACUCACUCAACAGAGAAAGAUAUGAGAGAAAGUCCUACUUGUAUGAGAUUGUGGCCAAUAAAGAGACAGGUAUUGAUGUUGACAAAAUGGAUUAUUUCAGUAGAGACUGUCACCAUGUGGGGAUGAAAAGCAACUUCUCACAUGAGCGCUAUGUGAUGUUCGCACGAGUUUGCACCAAUAAGAAAAAUGAAAAGCACAUCUGCACAAGAGAUAAGGAAGCGAUAAACAUGUACGAACUCUUCCAUAAUCGAUACCUGCUUCACUACAAUGUCUGCCAGCACAGGGUUAAGGUGGCAAUAGAAACAAUGAUUGUUGAUGCGCUUUUGGCAGCUGAAGGUCACUUUAAGCUGGAUGGGAAGACAAUCUCUGAGGCAGUUAUGGACCCUAAAACAUACCUGAAACUCACAGAUGACAUUCUUCAGGAAAUCAUGCGGUCAACAGACAACAGCCUCAAAACAGCAAGGAAAAUCAUUAGGAGAAUUGACAAACGCAAGAUUUACAAGUUUGUCGGUGGAAAAAUAUUCCAGAAAAAGGAUGUGAAACAUUUGGACAGUGCUGAAAAGUGGAAAGCAGUGGUAAAGGACUGGCUGGAGGUUAUUCAAAAAGGCUCAACAAGACCUUGCAAGAAAUGGCAGGAGUGGAUCGAGAAGAAAAAAAUCAGUGAAAGCAAAUUUUUUGUCAAACCUGUCAGAUUGAAUUAUGGAAAGGACGAGAAAGAUCCAAUCAAAUCUCUCGGAUUCUACAGGAAGAACAAGCCACGCAAAUCAGUGAACCUGACUGAUGAGGUUUCAUUCAUUCUGCCCAUAGUCUUUGCCGAAAUCAAGGUCAUGCUGUUCUACAAAGGUAAUGGAAAGCUUCCAAAAAACCCACCCAUCAGAGAAUUCUGGGAAUUAGUGGAGAGGGAUGCUGUACAGGAAGACUCAAGUGAUGAAUCGAGUGAAGAUUCGAGCGAGGAAUCGAGUGAAGAUUCAAGUGAUGAUGAGUAGCAGGAAGAAGUCUACUCUAUAAUGCUGGUGAAAAAAUGUGAAUUGAAAAAAAAAGAGUUUAUUUUGACUUGGCUAAUGUGGAGAAAAUAAACUCACUUGUGCAUGGUGGUUGCAGGAAUAUUGAUCUAAAAUUCAUAUAGUGUGCAUUUGAUUUUCUGUACAUGUAGGGUAGGUUUCUUUUGGGGAUUUUCUGUAACUUUUGAUGUAGUUGACAUUGUGAAUGAUUUUGGUACUUCACACAUUUUGGUACACUGUUUAUCAUAAAAGAAUGAUUAAGAAUAACUUAGUAAUGAUUGUGUUAAUACAUUAAGAGGGUUACAAGUCAAAGCUAUAAAACUAAGCAUGUUUUUUUCUGUUAUCUCAACUUUAUAGCAAUGUUUCAACUUUUAUUUCAUGUACUUAUUUUAGGGGAUUGUGGCAUCUGAAUUACAGAUUAGCAUAAGUAAUAUAAUCAUGUUUCUCUUAUAAGUCACAUACUAUGGUUUGAUCUGUUUUUUGGUUCUUGUUGUUUUGGGGGGGGGGGGGCAUUUUUUGUUUUAGAUUUUAGCAUAUACAAAGUUAAACGAAAUAAAAAGUUUAAGACACCGGUGAUUGGCUGUGUGAUGAAAGAAUUGUGUGAUUAAAAAAUAUCUUAAUUUGCAUGUCUGUUGUUGUCACUUUGUAAAAACAUGCACAACGCCACACUGCUCAGAACCAGAGCACAACCAAUAAUUAUAUUAAUGGCCACACAUUAGCAGAAGCGCUGCUCACAUAAACAGAUUUUUUAUUUUAUUUUUUUUGUGUGUAAUCAGUGAUACGCUGAAGGUGUCUUUAAGGAGUCAUUUACAUAACGUUUAUGGAAGGAGUCUCCGUUUCCAGCAUCAGUGCUUUAUAAAGUUGUAAAUUUAUGUUUUCUGACUUAAAAAGUCUUCAAGACAGAGGACAAGCUGGGUUUUUUUUCCUCUCUCUUUUAUCUUAAUUUAGAGAGAGUUGCUUCACAGAUAUUCCACAGCAUUAACUAUCCAUGGAAAAAAGUAUGAGCUGUGUUUCUUUAAUAAAUAAAACAUUUCUUGGUCUUAGCAAAAUGCUAACAUCCAUUUAGUGGCAAUACUUUAAUAUAAUUAGGUAUAUAUAAAGUUAUAUAUAAAGGUAUGUAUAUAUAUAUAAGUAUAUAUAAUAUAUAAU